UCCUACGUGGUUUUAUGUCUUUUCUUCCGCCCCCAACCUCACAGAUUAAGUUGCGCAUCGUUUUGGGAAAUAUCUGCGUGUAAUCCUAGUUUUCUCACACAAAUCGACCUCUUCAGGUGCCAGAAUGCUCGCCAUUGUUCGGAAACAGUUAAGGAGCCAUCCAGCUCUGAUUCCCCUUUUCUUCUUCAUUGGUGGAGGAGCAACCAUGUCCAUGCUGUACCUGGCUCGGCUGGCCUUGAGAAACCCUGAUGUUUGUUGGGAUCGCAAGAACAACUCUGAGCCCUGGAACAAAAUGAGUCCAACUGAUCAGUACAAGUUCUUUACAGUAAACAUGGACUACAGCAAACUGAAGAAGGACCGGCCAGAUUUCUAAAGAUCAACAAGAAGCCCAGCCGUCGGUUAAACUGCACAAAUGAUCCCACGGUGAACAGGAUCUGAGAAUUAGAAGCUAAAUCCGCACAGCUCAUAUUUAAGCUUCUUCAUUAAACCCAUGGCUUUUGAGACUGAUCAUUUAUUUUCAUUUGUUUAUUCAAAUAAAGAGUUUUCCAACUCCA